AUGGAAAGAAUGGAAUUACAAAAGAACUACUUUAGUGCUACUCACAGUGUAAAGCUUGCCAAUUUGAAAGCCAACGGAUAUCAGCUCCUGAUUAUUGACCGAUGCGUCUUAAUUCCAGUUUUUCGUCCUUGGGCACCACAUUUAAAAGAAAAUAGAGCUAAUUGGGGCAAGGAACUGGAGCAGUUGGAGAAAGAAAAUGGUGGAAAAGGGAAAGAACUCGAGAGUGAGGAACAUUCCAAGAUCAAUGAAGACACUGACGCACCAGGAAAAGUAACUCAAAGCACGAAAUCUACUUCAGAAGCGGAGGAAGAUGGCAAGGAGUCGGUGAGAAUUGAACUAGACGACCGAUUGUCAGAUGAUCUUGAAAGUAUUGACUUUAUCGAUCGUGAUGGGGAGGAUGAGAAGGAAGUAUCUGCAUGA